GGGUCUUUCUUGAUUUGUUUAAUUCUGCAAGAUAGGCAUAAAAUAACAACGACGAAAUCAAAAGGGGACAACAUUGUUAAUUUUUUCUCCGAAUAUCGAACGUUGUCUUCGAAGAUCUUAGUCAAUCAUUAUCAUGCUUUUGAGGGUCAUAUUGACGUUCACCGUGCUCGUACACCUGCACAUAGAAACUGUAGAAACGACUUCUCCCUCUCAGUUUAUAGACGACAUCAAGGGUUAUAGGAGUGCUUGCAAAUCGAUAGGUUGGGAACCAAAAAAAGAUUGCACCGCAUACGAUGUUGUUGCUUUUCAUGCAAAUCUAAAAUCCCAUCUCACCAAUACACCAAUAAAUACAACAAUUAAGUUUGAAAAUGUUCGGUUGAACAACGGUGAAGGUUAUGACCAAGCCACAGGAAUGUUUACUGCGCCAGAAGAUGGAGUAUAUUCAUUUGCAUGGUCAUUUCUGUCGAAGAAAGGGGGUACAGUGUACAUUGCUGCUGUUGUGGACAAUGUUGAUCACGUAUAUACUUGCAUUCACAAUCAACAAAGUCAGUAUAUUAGUACUUCGGGUAAUCUUCUUUACGAACUAAACAAGGGCACAAGAGUAUGGAUUAGGACUUGGUACUCCCCUGCUACCUUUAUACAUGGCGGAUUUUACACGUACUUUUCAGGAAGCAAAAUAAGUUCUAUUUAAAGGAAUUGUACAUGAACAAAUAUUUGUUGCUAAAUAAAUUUUAAGAGCCCCUUGAAACUUAGGAAUGAGGUCUGUAACCUUUUUGUUUAUUUCGAUCAUGAUAUUUUAUCAAUUUAACACUCUCAGUGAAAGAUUUAUGGAGGUAAUCCAUGCAUCUGUUCCCUGACGUAGAUACGCCACAUUGCUGCUGAUGACUAGGUCAGGUUUAUACUGAGUUCAUAGAACUGUUUAUACCUGGUUGAUAAAACUUAUUCAGAAAAAUAAUGCAAUAAAGCAAAAUGUGUACUGUCAUGAGAAGACAAGAAUUCAGUAUAUUUAUAUUACAGAACCCUAGGUAACUAUAUACAAUUUGUGCAAAAAAAUGAAUUCAUAAUUUGUUACAAAUGAGACUAUCAGCAGAUGAUUGUAUGGUGAAUAAAUUGAUACAUGAAC